AUGGAGCUGGAGCACAAGGCCAAUUGGGCCGUUAAAACCCUUAACUUCGACCUCAAAGUCGCAAGUAGUAAGAGAUUGAUUGAUAUUAAUGAACUUGAUGAGAUUCGUCUUGACACCUACAAGAGUGCCUUGCUCUAUAAAGAGAAAACUAAAAGAUGGCACGAUCAAAGUUUUAUUAGACGUGAAUUUAAAGUUGGUGAAUUGGUGCUAGUGUAUAACUCCCGACUGAAAUUCUUUGCUGGAAAAUUGAAAUCUACGUGGUCGGGACCAUUUAAGGUGAUCCGAGUUUUCCCCCAUGGCCCCAUUGAAGUUAAAGGGCCCACCAACACCUUCAAGGUGAGUGGUCCCCAUGCUAAGCAAUAUCAUGUUAACAGAUCACUUGAGGCCCCCGAGGUCUUAUAUAUUGAGCCCAGUUAA